AUGUCUUCCACUGGCAAAGUUGGAGGAGAGGUCGGUGAAGUGCGUGCAAACAUCGAUGUCGCCCGUCUUACCUCCUACCUCGCCGAGAAUGUCAAGUCAAUCCGGGUCCCGAUCGACGUAAAGCAAUUCAAGUUUGGUCAGUCCAACCCAACGUACUUUCUUACCGACGCAAGUCGGACCAAGUUUGUGUUACGCAAGAAACCUGCCGGGGAGCUUAUUUCAAAGACUGCCCACCAAGUCGAGCGUGAAUACAAGAUGCUUCAUGCCCUUCACAAGCACAACACCAAUCCGUCCACUCCAGUAGAACAACGAGUCCCCGUACCCGAGCCUAUCAUUCUUUGCGAGGAUAGCUCGGUAAUAGGAACACCGUUUUAUGUCAUGGAGUUUGUCGACGGUCGCAUUUUUACCGACAUCCACAUGCCAGAAAUUUCUCAGAAAGACCGCCGCGAGUGUUGGCUUGCGGCUGUUAGUGCGUUAACUACGCUAGGCUCCGUUUCUCCUGCUGCCGUUGGUCUUUCGGAUUUUGGCCCCUCUUCAGACUAUUUUCCGCGCCAAAUUAAAUCGAUGGGUCGAGUCUCCCGCGCUCAAGCUGCCGUUGUCGAUUUAGACACCAACGUCCCCACUGGGGACAUACUCCUUUUCAACGAGCUCAUGACCUGGUACUCACAGAACUUACCCGACGAGAAGAAGACCGGCCUUCGUAUUGUCCACGGUGACUUCAAACUCGACAAUCUCAUCUUCCAUCCUACCGAGAACCGCGUGAUCGCUAUUCUCGACUGGGAGCUGUGUACUCUCGGCAGUCCUCUUGCAGACCUCGGUAACCUCACCAUCCCAUGGUCAGCCCCAGUGUCCAGCGGCCCUGAUGUAUUCAUCGGUGGCUUCAAGGGUGCACCAGAGAAAGACCUUGCAGUUUCUCUCCCUGACCUUGAACGCGAGUAUUGCAGGUUAAUGAAGCUGCCGUAUCCAAUCAAAGAGAUGAUUUUCGUGCGCAGUUGGAUGAUAUUCCGGCUGGCAGUUAUCUCACAAGGAAUCGCUGCGCGUGUAGCGAGGAAGCAAGCCAGUUCUGAACGGGCUUUCAUCCACGUAAAAGGGUUUCCUAUCAUUGGGAAAUUGGCGGUUGAAGCUCUCCGAACGGAGGGCAUCAGUAUUGGUCCACAAUCCAAACUGUAG